ACAAGACACCAGAGAGCAACGGCUUUACAACAUCUUGUUCUCUCGUGUUUGUAGCGGUUUGUAGAUAUGGUGGUGCUGAGGUUGGCCGUGCUACUCCAGGGGCUGCUUCUCGCAGCACGAUGUGAGGUUAGAGCCAGAGACCCGGAGCUAGAAGAGGAGGAUGAGCUGAAGGACAUGUCAGAUGGUGGUGGCUGGGACCACAGAGUUCCACUGGUUGGGUUUGGAGCACCUCAUCAUGGUCAAGGACUAAACAGGCAGAGCCCUGAUGUGUAUGGAUCUGUCCACCAUCCACUCGGUCAUGGACACCGUGGUCCCACUCCUGGACAUGUUUCUCCAGACGUGCCUGAGGGAACAGGGGACCCAUCAGAGCCAUCAGCUCGGGGCUCUUUACUCCGCACUGGGAAUUGGUGUGCGUUUGUUCACAAGCGUGCUGUUACUGUGGCAGUAUCCUGUGGAACUGAGAAGUACACCAUCAAGUCCCAGAGUCCCUGUCCUAACGGCACCCCAGACUGCCAGCUAGUCAUGUACAAGCUGUCCACUCGGCCAGUGUACAGACAGAAGGAGAAAAUCUUCACUGCACUGCUGUGGCGAUGCUGCCCUGGGCAUGCUGGGAAAGACUGUGAGGAGACAGUCACAGAUGGCCACGUCUCAGAAUCUGAAGACCCCAGCAUGGCAGGCACAGCACACACAGGGGGACAUGAAGCGACAAACAGACGACAUAAACUAACUCAGGAGAACAGAGAGCAGAAUGAUUACCAAAUGUUUGGAGGUCCAUUGUAUGAAGCUCAACAACCUGAUGUAGAGAAUCAAACUGCAGCAGAGCCCACUGAUGACUAUGAGCACAGCCGUCAUGCUGGCCAUGACCACUUUGAGAGGAGAGAUUCUCAUGCUGAAAAUGAAGGUGUUCCUCAACCUGAAACACCUUACCUUCACCAUGGGCUCCUACCAAUCUUGAAAGAGGCUGUGAUGUCUCAGCUGCAACCUGUGUUGGACAGUUUCAAUCUAACCCUGGAACGGCUUUCUCAGGAGGUGCAGGGUUUGCAGCAGGACAUGGCCCAACUCCGACAUGAACAGGGGCAGGGGAGGGUCACAGAGCCUCUGGAGGUUGGUGGUGAGGAGCACAGUCCACAGGAGUCUGUUGAGGCAGAGUUGAGAGAGAGUUUACAGAAGCUUCAGGAAGUGAAAGCUCAGUUUCGCAACCACCGCGAUGAGGUAGAAGCGAGGCUCCACGCGCAGCAAACCAUGCUGCACUACAACCUGACGAAUUUCAAGACAGACAUAGAUGUCAAACUCAAACGUAACCAAAAGAUGUUACAGGUGAAUCUCCACUCCCUGAACACAUCAAUGUCUGAAGUGCGGCAGGAGCAGGAGAGGCUGGACGAAGAACUUCAGAAGAUUUGGCCUGAAAAGACAACCAAUCCUGUACAGAGUCAGUCUUAUGAGAGCACAGCUGUUUGGGAGGCCAUCACACGUCUGGACAACAAAGUCGUCAACAACACAGUGAGACUUAGUGGCUUGACUGAAGGCCAUGAACAAGUGACUGCAAACAUUAAGGACCUCCAGAAUGGUUGGAGUGAUCUGGACAAGAAAAUAGUCCAGACUGGCCUCAAUAGCCAGGUUCAGUUUAUGGAGACCGGUUUAGAGGUGGAAGCAGCCAAGGUAGAAGUUCUUGACCGCAUUAAUGAACUGAACAGCAACAUCAGUGUUCUACAAAUCACCCUGCAGGAGAUGGAGACUGAUGUCGACAAUCUCUAUACAGACUAUUACAAGAAUAUAAGUUCGGCAAGUGGGGAUUGUGACUGUAUCGCACUUGCAGCAUCAGUGACCCAGUUGGAAGAAACUGUAGCUAAUGUGAAGGAGAUAGCGAAUGAAAAUAAGUUGGCCCGUGAGCGUGAGGCUCAGGAGAUGUUAGACAGUCUGGCUUGGAUUCCAACUGUGGAAGACCUGAAACUAGGGCUACUAAAUGUGCAAAAGUCUCUUGCUUUUGAACAGGAAAAGAGCAGAAUGUUACAGCACAAUGUGACGCAACUCCAGGCCUCUCUCCUGGGCAGCCAGCAGGACAUCGAAACACUCCAAGAGCAUGAUAGGGCCAAGGUCGAGAAGAUCCAGCAGCUACAUAGCAUUUUCACAACCUUGCUUCAGGAUGCCGUUCGUCACUCAGAGAUACUUGAGCUUUUGCUUGGGGAAGAGGUGUUGGAGUUCAUGCCGUGGUCUCCUGAGGAAAAAAGGCAUUUCUCUAUACCAGAAUUGAGGGAAAGCAUCAGAGAUAUGCAAGAGCAGAUCAAUGGACACAGUCGCAGCUUGGCCUCAAUGCUGAACUCUGCUACCCCUGAGGUGACGGCAGCAGAUGAGCCCUCAGUGCUUUCAGACUGGGCCUCGGUGGGCAUCAAAAGGAGACGUGGGGAUGAAAGGUUUGACCUUUCCGAGGAGCUGCCAGAGUACUCUGAUAAUGACUUCUGGACUUUAGAGAAAAUGGUGAAAGAACUUGGAGCUGACAUUAAACAGCUUGAGGAACAUCGUUGUCCUUCUUGCUGCAACUGCACUAAAACUGCUGCCACUGGUGGUGUGGAGGUGAAACUGCAGUCCGAGGUGGAUACUUUGCGUAAGGACCUUAAGACCCACCUUGGAGUUUUUAACAGCAUUUUCAGUAAUACAGAGGGACUUACUGGCUCUGAGGUGUCUGUGGAUUUGCAUAAACUGUCAGCUUUGAUGAAGAGAAAGGAAGCAAAACAGCAAAACAGGAAACAAAUGAAGAGAGCAGAUAACAGAGCUGUUCAGACAGGAGAACGAGUGAAUUACCGCAUCAAAAGGGAUGCAUCACUGGAGUCUGCAGUGCUUCGUCAGCUCCCAGAUAGUCCAAUUAUGUUCCUGGCCAGCACUACAGAAGGUGCUAACGGAUCUGGCACUGUACUUUUUGAAAGUGUGUCCCUAAAUCAUGGACAGUUAUACUCACCAAAAACAGGCAUAUUUCGUGCUCCUACUUCUGGCGCUUACCUCUUUGUGGUGACACUUGACUUUGGACCAGGCCCAUCUCUGGCUCAAUUAAAGAGAGGUGGAGAGGUAGCUGCCUCCUUGCGGCAGAACCCGAGGAAGUUGGGGGCACCUGCAACACGUGUCUGCAUCCUGCAGAUGGAGCAAGGAGAGGAACUCCGUCUAGAGCUGGUGCAGGGAACUAUAGAGCGCAACAACCCACAAGAUAACACGUUUGCGGGUCUACUAAUGCUGCAGACCACCUGAGAACAUGCAACUAACUAAAGGUGCAAAAGGACUGCUUUUUUUGCACUGAGCACCACUUAAAUUUCUCUUUCAGAAUCUGAGAGACUACAAUAACUGCUAGUAAUUGUGACAGGUUGACAUUGAGCACUGUUUUCAAGUAGCAAGAUUUAGAAGAUGCGUCCCUACUUGGUGGAAUACAAGUCUUAUAUUUGGUUUCAGUGCAACAACCACGAUAUUCCUUAUAAGCCCUAAGAAAGAUGUCAAGAUGUACUUUUUCAAUUCAUACAAAACAAACAAACAAAAUAACUCACAGAAAAAAAAAGUGUGUACUAAAAUUAUAUUUUUUAAAAGAUUACAUGGACAAAUAUUAUACAGAGUUUGAGGCCUAAUCAUAAGGCACCCUUUCAGCAUGGGGCUGAAUAAAACAAAAAAACAUUUUUCCAAAUUAAGACAGGUUGUUUAAUAUAUUAUAUAGCGAUGGGCUGGGUGAUACUAUAGUACAGGCGUAUAUACAGUAAGGUAACAGUCUUUUCAACAUACUUAACUCAAAUUACAGGGAGGAGGUGCAUUCUUAGUUUUUGGAUGAAGUACAGAAGCAAAAUUCAGUAUUUGGGGAAAUGCAGACAAAAUUAUUGAAAUGAAAAAGAUGAGAUUAUUCUGGUAUAGCCAAGAGAUGAUUCCUCUUUCUUUAAUUGAUUCCUCUUUCUGACUUAACGUUUUAAAAUCCCUUUCAGCCACAGAAAAGCAUUUGAUGUAGAUGAUCAAUUUCACAGAUUCAGAUUUCUUGUAUAGUAAGAGCAACAAAUGUAUACCAAAUGUAUUUUCAUAUACACCAAAUCUAGUGUUUCUCUAGCAUACUGUACUGUAUGCUGAAUUUAUCCACUCUGAAGUGAGAUAAUGUUUCCUUUAAAAGUUCUAUUAUUUAUUUUCAGAAUAUUUUAAAUACUUUUGUAUUAAGCAUGUCAGUAACCUUGGCAUAUCGUUUUAAUCAAGAUGCCCUUUUGGCAUUUCCAGGCAUACUGUUCUGAAAGUAUUGUGACAAAGCACCUUAGUCUGGCACAUUGUAUAUUCACACAUCCUGUCUUUAAGGGUCCAGAUAAUGGUGGAAAGAACUAUUGUGAAUUGUUCUGUUACAAUUACAAAUCACAUUGGUCUUUUCAAUGGCACUGAGAAUAAUAAUAAAAAUUUAAAAAUUAAAAAAAAAAAAAAAAGAAUUCUGCGUUUUCUAAAGAAUAAUAAAAUUAAAUCUGCAUGGGAGUUCUGGAAACAUGUUAUGCAACAAUGUGUGUUUUGGAUCGUACCAGUUACCAAGACUGUAUUUUGGCAGCCCUUACUGAAAUAUAAAGCACUGAUGACUAACAGAUGUUUCAGUCGUACCCUUCACCUUCAGCCUCCUCAUAAACAUAAACACAGUUCAAACACAAGAUUCAUAAUAUUGGCAAGGACAUAUGGUCAGAAUAUCACCAAAUCCUCGAAAGUCACAUUCAUAGUAAUCCGUACCAAAAAACCUGCGCCCAGCAUCUCUUAAAUAAAGUGAACUCAGGAAUGUAUCAACCUAUCCCCAACAAACACUACACUGAGUUUGGCAACUUUGAAGGGGUGUUCAUACGGACCGCAGUCCAGUAAGAAAUCACUGCUAAGAGGAGAUCCACUCGGCCUGUCAGUAUGAAGAGUUUUCUUUCCUAAUUAAAAUGAGAUGUAUCGGCAGCUGGUUCACUUUAUGAAACUAUAUGGUCAAAGGCUUGCACACUGGGAAUGUUUUCUAUUUUGAGGAUCUUAAAAAUAGCAUGCUUUAAAAACGCAAACAAUGUGACCCUGGACCACGUGUCAAGUGUCAAUUUUCUCAAAAUUGAGAUUUAUACAUCAUCUGAAAGCUGAACAAAUAAGCUUUCCAUUGAUUUCUCCUUUGGAUUGUUAGGAUCGGACAAUAUUUGGCCAUGAUACAACUAUUUGAAAAUCUGGAAUCUGAGGGUGCAAAAAUCUCAAAAUAUUGAGAAAAUCGCCUUUAAAGUUGUCCAAAUGAAAUUCUUAGCAAUGCAUAUUACUAAUCGAAAAUCAAGUUUUGAUUUAUUUACAGUAGGAAAUUUACAAAAUAUCUUCAUUUUUUUUUACUUAAUGUCCUAAUGAUUUUUGGCAUAAAAGAAAAAUCAAUAAUUUUGACCCGUACAAAUGUGUUUUUGGCUAUUGCUAUAAAUAUACCCCAGUGACUUGAGGCUGAUUUUGUGGUCCAGGGUCAAAUUUAUGGUUUAGGCAACAACCAUUUUGACAACUGCAUCUACUGAAAAAGCAGCAUGCACCUCUUUACCUUUAACCUUCCGUGGGGGAUGAGAGAAGAACUUCUGCCACACAUCAGAUAGUCUACAACAGCUCUUAACUGGACGAGAUUAUAUUGAUAGCAUAUUGUUUUGCUCUGUUGUCAGUUCAUCUAUUACUAUAAUAUAUUACACAUCAUACAUUAAAUCACAGUAUGCUUUACACAGAUUCCAUGAGAAGUCAACAGCAUUUCAUCCAUAUGGCAGGAAGUUUAUCCCAGAAUCUAAAGAACAUAUGCAGAGUAACUUGAGUGUAUUUUAAGGCAGUGGGGUUUACGUCAAUCUUUCCCACUCUACUGUUUCAGUCUGUUGCAGUAAUCCUCUGAUCCAAGUUUGCAACGGCACAGCUUUCACAGAAAGCAGCAAAGGCACCAUUGUCUAAUCCAGCAGAGAAAGAGAGCUUGCUAUAUUUCAUAGUUAGCUGUGUUAGAUGUCACCAUCACUGACUCUCCUCCUCCUCUGUGAAGGGGACAAUGAUGUCAAAGACGAAAUAAAAGCCACUCAGAUUUU